CAAUUUAGGCUUGAUUCUCCCUUAGAUGUUUGUGUUCUGCAUUCAUGUUAACAAUUAACAAUGUGCAUCCACCUCUUCAAAGCUGCCAUUUACUACUAUACUAAGCUGCUGGAUCACCCAUUGGAUCCUCUUUCUAUGUCUUUUGACUUUGAGAAUCAUAUGUGACCACCGACUUUAUAUAAUUAUAGCUAGCUUUUUUCAAGCUUCUCUAAGCUCAUUUGUAUUGUAAUAUUGAUCCUUUUAUCGCCUGUUUUCUCUCCUAUGGAAUGUAUAACUCUCUUGAUAAUCAUUUUCUUAAAACUACAGGCUCAGGAUAUUACUGAUUUAGGCUCUCUGAAUCAAGCAGCAAAGAUCUUUAUUCUAGGAACUAAAAUAUGAGUUACAGGACUAAAAGAACAUUGGUAGCUAUUGACGAAGGGUCGAGCAUUGCUGCAUCCAAGUCCCCAAAAUCUUCUGAUCCAUCCACCCAAAACUGGGGACCGUUCAGUCCUCCAACACUUGGAGUGUCACAGACAUUUGGGACGGUAUCACAACCCAUUAAGCAACCAGUAGCUGCUAAAAAAACCAUGGUUGCACCACAAUCAUCCUUGCCUCGGCCUACUUCCAUGGUUUCAAAGCCACAACUGAAGGCAUUAUCAAAACCAUCCUUUACCCAGACAAAACCAUCCUCUAACCCAUUACAACAACCAAUUCCGCCCACUCUUACAGGAACAACACAAAGUAGAUGGUAUAAAGGACCUACGUUUCCCAAUCUGACUGAAAUUGCAACACAAAAAGCGUCAACACUGAAUCCACACCAGCCUACUAUGCAGCCUGUGUUGCAGCCUUUCAAAGCUACCUUGCAGCCUUCUUUGCAGCCUUUCAAAGCUUCCCAACAGCCUCAAACAGCUACCAAUCAGCCUCAAAAAACUACCCAUCAGCUUCACAAAGCUACACAACAUCCUCAAAAAGCUACACAACAGCCGGUAUCUUCUUUUACAAGUGUCAAACCACAUUUAGAGAAAAGAGCAUUUGUUGCACCUUUGGGAGCAACAAAACAUGUGAUGUCACAAUCUCCUACACCAUCAGACACCAUGGCAAUGAAAAAGAGAACCGGGAAGCAAGAAGGUCAGUUGCCUCCAACAUACAUGCAUGUGAGUGAGAAUGCAUUUCAACCUCUACGAUCUCCUCCAUCCAAUCAGGUUGAGAGUGAAGUUAUGCCAAACUACAACUGGGACGAAUUUGAAGAAUCGGCUUCUGAGAGUGAAAAUGAAUUUGAUCAAGGAGAAGGAAGUGAUACUGCUGUGAAGAAAGCAACACUUCGACAUCGAAUCAUUAUUCCAAAUUGGCCAGAAUCGAGGGAGUUUGAUGAGAAGGUGGAGGCUAUAGCUAUAGAUGCUGAUGGAAUACGACAUCUGGUAAAGGGACCAGUUCUGCCUCGAGACGUUUGGCAUGAUGCAAAGGGGUUCAGAUACAUUGUCAAGCUCAAUGAAUUCAACCAACCUAUUCGAAAAGGUGGGAAGAUCCUUGUGAGCUUCCUUGGAGAUAUUGCAAAAAAUUAUUCACUUUGUCCAGUGGGAGUCCCAAGUUGGUGUGCUGUGAACAAUCAGUUAAAAACUAAUGUUGUUACAAUGAUUCGGUUGCCCGUUUUUCAGAAACAUUUUGCGUUACCUGAUGGACCUCUAGUUAACAAGGCACUAGUGAUGCGUAUUGACAAACCAUGGAACAAUCAUCGAUACAAAUUGAAGAGGGAUUUUUUCGAUCCAGUGAAUAAAUCUCGAGAAGAGAACUAUGCCAACGUGCCUGAUGGAGUGUCCACUAGGAGUUGGACGGAAUUGGUAGAUUAUUGGCUUUUACCAGAGGCCAUGGAAAAAUCUGAAAUGGGAAAAAAUGCUCGAGCUUUACAAGGCAAUAAGCACAACAGUGGUGCUACAAGCUUUGCUAAUCGAAGAGUUGAUAUGAAAGAGAAGAAAGGAGUGUUUAGCGAAUUGGCAUUUUUCAAAUCAGUUUACGCCAAAGAAGAUGGAAGCUUUAAAGAGGGCACACUUCCUCAUCAAUUUGUGGAGGAUGCCAACAAAAAGGUCCAAGAAAAUCUUGCGAGUUCCUCUUCUUCAAAGCCCGUAAUUGAAAUUGAGAAUGCAGUCUUUAAUGAGCUCAUGUAUAAAGGUGAAGUACCUAAACGUCCUCUGAAUUAUGGAUUUGGAGUGAAGCAAAGCGACAUCUUUGGAGUGGAAGGUUUGCUGAGGAAAGAAGGGUCAAGCUAUGUUAACAACAAUGCUAUGGAAGUGGAGAACAUGAAAGGUGAAAUAUCAGUUGUCAAGAAGCAAAAUGAGGACCUUGCGCAACAAAAUCAAUUUUGA